CAUAAAACUUGACCAGUUUUGGCGGCAACAAAAAUAGUUGAACUCCGUAUAACAGAAGCUUCGGUGGACUCUAACUUUUCAUACAAGCGUUGUAUCAAACAGUUGGAGUACAUAUGGCUAAUAGGGUGAUUAGUGAAAUGGGGCUCCCUAAAUCAAUAUCCAAUGUUUUUGCUGCUCGUAACUUGAUUACUGCCAAGAUAUUGUUUUUUUUGGAGACGAGGGACGUGUUGUCAUUAACUGAAUUUGAUCUGAUGGAGCUAUUAGAUAUUGGAUUAUCAGAAGUGGUCUCUGCAAUUGCCCACAUUAGUGAAAUCACAUGUCCACCAUAUCAAACUGCUCUCUCACUCUGGAAGCAACAUAGCCAAACAGAGAAUCAUCCCAGCUUUCUUCCCACACAUCUGAAUGGGUUAGAUGCAGCACUAUGUGGUGGGAUACCAAAUGGUGUUUUGACUGAGGUUGUUGGUCCUGCAGGAAUCGGCAAAACGCAAUUUUGCCUAAAGCUUUCAUUACUCGCUUCGCUACCUAAAACCUAUGGAGGUUUGUGUGGCAAAGUGAUAUAUAUUGAUGUAGAAUCUAAAUUCAGCUCAAAACGGUUAAUAGAAAUUGGCUUUAACAGUUUUCCAGAGUUAUUUCGCAUGAAGGGCAUGGCCGAAGAGAUGGCUGGGAGGAUUGUAGUUCUGCAACCAGAAUCGCUCUCUGAAUUCACUGAAAGCUUGCAACAAAUAAAAGUUUUACUUCUUCAACAACAAGUGAAGUUGCUCAUAGUCGAUAGCAUGACUGCUCUUGUUUCAGGGGAAUAUGAACAGGGCCAUUCUAGACAGAAUCAAUUGGGUUGGCAUAUUUCUUUUAUUAAGUCACUUGCAGAGUUAUCUCAAAUACCUGUAGUAUUGACAAACCAAGUACGAUCGCAAAGCUUUGAUCAGAUUUCUCGGUAUUCUUUUGAAGGGCCAAUUCAAUUUGGUAACAAAGAUCCCACAAGAUCUGAUUCCCAUCUGGUUGCAGCUCUUGGGAUUAAUUGGGCACAUGCUGUUACCAUUCGUCUCGUGCUUGAAGCUAUAUCAGGCCAAAGAUAUAUAAAGGUGGCAAAAUCUCCAAUAUCACCGCCACUUGCAUUUCCGUUCAUUGUAAGUGCAUCAGGAAUUUUGUUGCUUAGUGAUGAUGGAAGAGAAAUGGCAGGGCCUCAAGUAAACACGAUACGUCAUCAAGGGCAUAGUGCCAUAAUGCAUUCGAUGCAAGAAGACUGUCAUCAAUCAGAUUGAGAGAUGCUUAAUUCUUUCUGUAUGCAAGUCCCUGAUCUGUGUUUUUUUUAAAUUAUUCUAACAGCUUAUAACUCUAUAACUAAUACAUGAGUGUUUCGUGUGUAUAUACUUCUAAUUGAGAGUCUUGAACUGAAUUGUUUCUUUGUGACUAAAACUGCUUGGAUGUUCCUGACAAAAAAACUGCUUGGAUAUUGGUUUCAAAUUAUAUUAUUAAUGAGGAGCAGAUUUUGUUGUACUAAAAUUAUGUUUGGUAAGUGGAAAGUUUAGGACGAACCAUGUCAUUCUGAAAGCUUUUAUGCUAAAUCACAUUCCUAAGCUGGUAUUCCUAGAGUUACUAUUGGGGAUAUAAGUGAAAUAUCUCAGCUUCUACUGUAUUUAAGCACUACCAUACUACUGAAACUUUGCAUAUUCCCCUCAAGGUUCAAGACAAUCACAUAUUUUGCCUAAUGUUGCAAGUACUCAGGGAUCAAUGUUUUUGUUUUGUUAUCAUCCUCUAUGUCCUAGUCCUCCUGCCCUUUUCUGGAUUUGCAAUUUGUGGUGCAUUUUUUUUGGAGAGAUAGACAGACUUUUCAUACUAGGAAAUUUUGUAUGGAGGGCUUGCCAUAGUUAUGACAUUUCUGGUUUGAAGAGUAGGGCUAUAUCAUUUAAUUGAGUGUUGGUUUCAUGCAUUUUUUGAAGAGGGUUGGGAAGAGGAGCGGUGAUGAUGAAACAUACAGUUUUAUACGGUGGCCAUGUCUAUUAAUUUAACACUUAACACGGAUACGGUAGUUAACUUUGUUAGCAGUAAGUUUUGUUGCAGAGAAAACGAGGAACAUGGAUGGGUCUGAAAGGAUGGCCAUUUAGAAAGAUAAAAAGCCUUCAGAACAAAAAAAGAGUCUCCGUCAUUCCUGCUGCACCUGUUUCUCAAAACGACGCCGUUGUGCACAGAGGCUCCAUUGGAUUGGUGGUAGUUAGUGUAUUGGCAGUUGUUGCUUUGGCAGCGUAGAUGAAGAAGAACCGACGUAGAUGGAUUUCAAAAGAAAGAAUGAAGUAAAUUAAUUAAAGUGUAUAGUGACGGUUAUUAUCCAAUUUGAUAUUUCUAUUUCAGAUCGUUGUAAGAUUUCAAGGUUUUAUGCUUCAAUUUGAUUUGCACCAAUCUAUCCUCUCUCAAGCCUUCAAUCUUGCAAUAUGCGGAAGUGGUGAUUCUUGAUUUCUUCAUUCGUUUCCUCAACCGGACUUUACCACGUCAACCAUCACCGACAACUGAUUAGGUAAGUCCCAUAAUAUUAUAUUAUUAUUGUAUCACACACUACUUUAUAUAUUGUGCACUAAGCCGGGGGUUUUUACGA